AUGGAGAUACUUGUGGAUACUAUGAACAGGAAAAAUACCACGGUGUGGGAUGAUUUCUCAUUCCGCAUGUCGUCACGUCCUCCGCCCGCGUGUAGCCCAGGUAAGGGCAAAGGUUUCGAAGACUAUGGAAGUACCUGGCCAAAGAAUCACAACAGGCCUCCCACAACUACCUACACCGCUGCCAGUACCAGCAAAGUACCAGCGAAUACUAGCAGCAGAAGAACAUACAAUGACAUCGCGGAACUUUCAGACAGCGACGACGAACUGUCGCUUAUCUCGAAAAAUUCACAGUCUUCCGACGCGUUUUCCUCUGCUAAGCGAAUCUCUAAGUCGAGGAAGGAGCACUCGGAAGACUUUAGGAGCGAAAUCGAGUCCGAUAAUCAUACUAUUCGUUCGGGAUCCAUGCCCAAAUAUGAACAGAAGUGGGCUUUCAAGUUCACAAAGAACAAACGUACGAACCAUGGAGACGAUUAUAAUGAAGGCCCUCCCCCUCCUUCCUCAUCUUUGUGCAGCGCACAGUCAGAAGACUCUACGCCAUCUGCGUCGUACCCCUCCAAACCUCCUGCAUCGCGCAGUCGUGGUCAGGGCAAGGGUGUUUCCAUGGAUUCGCGCCCCAAGAGACGAGAGGAACCACCUACGGACCUUGAUGACUCACCUCCGCCAUUUCCUCCACGUGUCAAGCCCAGGCCUCGCAGGGUGACUCGCAAAAAGUCAGGUCCAUACGACUUAGAUGAUGACGAGGUAGUCUCUACUCCUGCGUAUAGGCCAAGGCCACAGGCUCUCCCGCCACGAGAAUCAUAUUCGAAGGAAGUUCACGACGCUUCUGAGACGGCAAAAGAUAAGACUUCGAAAACUGACCGUAAGAUCCAGAAAUUUCCGUUGGACUUGUCUCCCGUGGUAAAAGAAAGGGGGCCAACUACUGCGAAUGGGAGAGUGGGAGAAAAGAGAAAGGCUCUCGAACGUGAACUACCUCUUCCUUCUCCGCUAUCUUCUCAGAAGGACAGGAAUAAAGCUCGCUCAGGGAAUCCUUCCAAACACGCUUUGCCCCUCCCGUCUCCACUGUCCAAGCGGAACAAACAGAAGGCGCAGAAGACUAACGGUGGUUAUUUCCCAGAACUUUCCCCGCUAUCAUCUCCCGGUCACCAUAAGUACUCGCCGAAGGAUAAAGGCAAACGUAGAACUCGUUGUGCAGCUCAACAGGAUGAUGACGAUGAUGAUAAUGACGAACUUGCCCUUGUCUCUGACGAUGAAGUUCGGACUCGAGGCGGUCUGCGGCCGUUCCCAAUGAGUACUCAAAUGCUGCAAAGCAUUAAACGUACCCCUUCUCCCAAUUAUAUCGGUCUGACGAAGUCUGGUAAGAUAUUCCCCGAUGACAGUGAUAUGGAAGGUGAACGAAGUAGAAAGCGUAAAAAGAGAGGCGAAUCGACCGCACUGGCCGGUUUGCAUGUUGAUAAUUCGCAGGUGGAUGAGGACUCACUAUAUAUAAAUCAUGACCCAUCAACCCUUUGCCCGUACUGCGACGAACCUUUACCAGCGGUUCCUACGCAACAUCUGCGGAAUCUUCUUGAAACUACAAGGCGCAAAUCGUAUCCCGCGCCACGCGUCAAGAACCCACAGGGACUUAAAGCCGCUCUCCCUGUAUACAUUUCCGUAUGCCAACGCCAUAUAUUCGAAACGUAUCACCUCCCAUUGGCAGAGUCAAAAGGCUGGCCGCAAGAAAUCAAUUUCAAAGAAGUCCCUGCGAGGGUAGAGAGCCUGCGUGAACACUUGGAGUCGAUUAUUUUGGACGCUGGUGUCGAUGAGAACUUCGCAGAAGGGAAUGAGGAUGAGGUUAACGAAAAAGGCGCGAGAAGAAAAUGUGUAUUCUGGAAGGAGAUGAUGAAAGAGGUGAAGAAACAGGGUAGUCGUGCGGUUGCUGGUGUCAAGGGUCAGUUCGAGAGUUUUGAGAAAAUGCAGCCGGGAUACUAUGGCGAACUCGGCUCGGUAAUCAUUCACCAGACACUUUACAGUCUUUUCCCUCCAUCGUCCUUUGACCCGUCUUUAAUUGCACCGUUAACGCCGGCCGAGUUCAUACAGCGCAUACUGGUCCCAGAAGCAGCCGUUGAGUUAAUUAUGGAAGAUCUCUGCAUAGGCAAAGGCGAUGCAGUUAAGACGUUACGUGAAAGUGCGCAGUAUGGGGUUGCUAUGUUUCCUGACGCGGAUUCUGGAGUGAGUGGAUCAGGGGCAGUUGGAGACAGCGAUGAGGAGGAUAUGAGUGUGGCGGAUCAAAUUGUCCUGGAGCGCGCGAGGGUGAGGAGGAUGGAGCUCGAGAUCGAGGAAAGAAUUGAGGAACAAAUGUUGAAGGAAGAAAGGGCUGACAGGAAGACUAGGGAGAAAGAGAUCAAGGCAAAGACCAAGGCUACGGAAAAACGAAAGAAAAAGGUGCAGGAGAGAAAGAAGGCAGCUACUAGCGAUGAAGAGAGCUAUGUCCCUCGUGCUACGAAAAGUCGACGGAAAAGAACAGACGAGAGCAGUGUAUCUGCCACGGAGUCUGAGGCGGAUAGUAUGUCUAUUGUGUCUGAUGUUAGCAGACGAAGCACCAGAACGACCGGGAGGAACUACACGAAACAGAUAACGUGCGGCAGCACACUUGCGAACGCUUCUGACAUGGAAAUUGGUAGUAAUACCGAUCGAUCAGAGUCUGUCGAGGUUCUUGAAGAACCUAAGGCCCGGAAUCGCCGUCGACGCGCUCCGUCAUACGAGAGUGUGGCAAUCAGCUCUGAAGAGGAGGUUGGGAAGGUUCCUUCGGUCAAUGCACUGCAAACAGUGGAUGAGGAUCCUACGCCCCGACCAAGGAGGAUAGUGGAAAGCAGCGCUCGAUGUCUUCCUUCUAGACAGCCAUCUAGCAGUGUAUUAUCAAGUACGAACAACUUCCUUCCCCUGCAAGUUGCCAGGGCAAAAGCGAUAAGCACCUAUGAUGCGCACUGGCAGAAGAGUUUCAGAGCUCCUGUUUCUGAUGAUGGACAUUCAUCGGAGUCAUCGGAAGCACGAACGACACAUCAGUAUGCUUGGCUGCUCAGUGACGAAGGCAGCUCGUCGCGUUCGUCCUCACCGUGA